AAUUAUCGCGAGCAGCGUAGUUGACAACUAAAAUAACGAAGAAAUAGUUUGGCCUUGAGAGAAAGAUGAAUGGUGUUCACGCUCUGUGUGUUUCUUUGCUUCUUCUUGGUGUAUUUCAAGUGAAGUAUGGUGAAGCGUGGUGGAAGGAUAAUGGAGCCGAUGGUAAUGAGGUUAGUAAAAUCGUUUAAUUUUUAAGAAAAUUUCUCCUUUACAACUUUAACGGAAUUUCAGAAACCGAUCAGUAAGUUCAGUGUAUGUGCUUACUCUUCUCUCUAGAGGCCCAGUAAGGGACUUAUUGGUUGACGAGACGAGAGAUAAAACACUACAUUAGGGCACAAAAUACAAUCUAACAAAAACGAUUGUCAGAAAAAUCUUCGGUGUUAGUCUGACACAGCUGUAACUAACAAACAUUCAUUGUUUCGAAGAAAGCUCAUCUUUAAAUAUAACAAAUUCUUGAUAUCUUUUUUCAGGGGGAAUGCCCAAAUUAUAAGGUGGACAAAGCAUGCAGUUUGGAUAGCGAUUGCAAAGGAGGAUGUGACAAAAUUGAUCUUACAUGUCAUAAUGAAAUAUGUACUUCUGAACUGAAUGUGGACUGAUUGGAGAGACUUGCUGGCUAUGUACUGAUAUAUUAUAUCUCACUAUCUAAAAUAUAUUAAUGUAAGGAGAAAAGAAAAUAAAGCUUUGAUUGAAACGC